AUGGUCACCGAAGCAGACUUGAAGCCCUGGCUCCGUAGUCCGGUCCGACGAUACAUCCUCACCAACGCCACCAUCGUCGACGUGACAAACGGAAGCCUCCGCCCCAACGCAGCAAUCCACCUCAAAGAUGGCUAUAUAGACGCAAUAGUCGACUCGACAGAUUCUGCAGUCAAGAGCGCUCAAGAGCAAGGCUUCGAGGUGAUUGACUGCACCGGCAAAUUCAUCUGUCCAGGCCUUAUCGACUCACACGUCCACUUCGUUGCCGUCCCUGGAUUCGGCGACCUCUCGAAAGCGUUCGGCAACGCCAACGACGUCUCGCUCCUUCGCCAACCAUAUGUCGCCGCGCAAAUGCUCCACCGGGGGUUCACGAGUGUGCGAGACUGCGGUGGUGCGCAGCAAGCGUUGAAGGAAGCCAUCAACGACGGUGUCUUCCCCGGCCCAAGGCUCUUCAUCGCAGGACAUGCCCUGUCGCAAGCGGGUGGUCAUGGAGACAUCCGCGGUGUGCACGAUCAUUCUGAAUGCUGCGGUGGCUCGACAAACGGGCUCGGGAGGUUAUGCAACGGUGUUCCGGAAUGCAUGACUGCUGUCCGAGAGGAGAUUCGUGGCGGGGCAGACUUUAUCAAGAUCAUGGGCUCAGGCGGCGUCUCAACACCGACCGAUAGAAUCGACCAUCUCCAAUUCACCGGCGCUGAGAUUCGAGCAAUGGUUGAAUGUGCUCAGAACGCGGGCACCUACGUCACGGCACACGCAUACACGACGAAAGCCAUCAGGCAUUGUAUCGACAAUGGUGUACGGGGCAUUGAGCACGGCAAUUUUGUCGACGCUCCCACGGCGAAGCUCAUGGCGGAGAAGGGCGUCUAUCUUACUCCUACCCUCAUCACAUACGCUCAGAUGGCCUCGCCAAAGUGGAAGGGCUAUCUGCCGCCCGAGUCCAUGUCGAAGAACGAGGAAGUGCUCAACGCUGGUUUGGUGGCACUCAAAACUGCGUACGAUGCCGGCGUGACAAUCUGCUUCGGGACUGAUCUUCUUGGGCCGCUCGGCGCAGCACAGUCUUUUGAAUUCUCAUUGCGUAGCAGAGCUGUCCCUUCGUUGGCGGUGCUACAGAGCGCGACGAUCAAUGCGGCAAAGAUGGCCGGCAGGGAGGACACAUUGGGUCAGAUCAAAGAGGGCUUUGAGGCGGAUAUCAUUAUUACAGAUACCAACCCCGCUGAAAAUGUGUCCAUCUUUGACGAUCCCGAGGCGCAUGUGUUGGGUGUCUUGAAGGAGGGUAGGAUAUAUAAAAGCAGAUGGAGCGGUCUAGUGGAGGAUGCUGCCGUGCCAGUCAGAAUCAAGCCGGCAUUGUAA